AUGUCAACCUUUAAGAUCACUAAAAAGCACCAUAAACAUCUAAACAAUCCUUUCCCUUCCACCCCAAGAUCUAUCCCCUUCAUUCAAGGUAAUCUCUUCACCACUUCCCAGACACUGCCUCCCAACCAAAGUUUCCAAGUUGGGAAGGAUUUUCAGCUUCUUUGGAGCACCGAAAAUGGUGGAUGUCUCUCAAUUUCUCACCUUUCUCAGCCUUCAAAGUCAUUAUGGUCCACCAUCCCUGGAGAGGCAUUUAUAUCUGCAGCCGUGGCUGAGACCGAGGUGGAAGAAAGCAGGGGUUCUUUUGCUAUCAAAAGCAGAUAUAUUCAACUGGUCUGCCAUCACCAGAGUAUUGAAGAUAUAAUUUUUAUCAAUCGAUUUUUCGAUGAACAUCAUGGCUUUCUGCCUGAUUAUUUGGAUUUGGAUCAUCUCGAAAGAAACCCCAAGUUCGCAGAUUGCCCUGUUUUGGUUAUAACAGGUCACAUUUUCAGCAGAAGGAAAAUGAAAGGGCCUCGAAGUUGCAUAAAAUCCGAGGCAAAGAUAUCUUCUGCUUCAGCUAGGUAUUGGGUAUUGUUUGAUCAGAAGGAAAAUAACCAAAUUGGAUUCCAAGUGAAAAUUGGACAACCUAAAUUUCAGCUUCAUCGCCACAAAGCUUCACCUUCAACAGCAUCGGAAAGUUACCGCCGCUUAAGGAGGAAACUAAGACGGCGCCGAAAAUGGAAUGUGGGAUGGUGCUGGUUCCUUUCAAGGAAAAAAGGGUUGACCGCAAAUUCUUCAUCAGAGGAGGAACUAGGAGAAUCGAAUGUCGCGGAAACUAUAACAGAGUUCAACAGGGUUUGUUUAACCUAUGCAAGUGAAGAAAAUGAGAUAUUUUUUGGUUUUGGAGAGCAGUUUUCUCACAUGAAUUUUAAGGGUAGAAGGGUGCCCAUUUUUGUUCAAGAACAAGGCAUUGGAAGAGGAGAUCAACCUAUUACUUUUGCUGCCAACUUGGUUAGCUACAGAGCUGGGGGAGACUGGAGUACUACUUAUGCUCCUUCCCCCUUCUAUAUGACAUCCAAGAUGAGGUCUCUUUACUUGGAAGGAUACAACUAUUCCAUAUUUGAUCUGACUCGAUAUGAUAGGGUCCAAGUACAGAUACAUGGAAAAGCAAUGCAAGGGAGGAUACUGCAUGGAAACUCACCUUUGGAGAUCAUUGAACACUUCACGGAAACCAUUGGGAGGCCUCCUGAGCUCCCUGAAUGGGUAAUAUCAGGAGCAGUGGUUGGCAUGCAAGGGGGCACGGAAACUGUACGCUCUGUUUGGGAUAAAUUGAAAACCUAUAAGGUUCCCAUUUCCGCAUUUUGGUUGCAGGAUUGGGUGGGGCAAAGGGAAACAUUGAUUGGAUCACAACUAUGGUGGAACUGGGAAGUUGACGUAACAAGAUACCCCGAAUGGCAACAGCUGGUUAAAGAUCUUGGCACAAACUACAUUAAAGUGAUGACAUACUGCAACCCUUGUUUGGCACUGGUGGAUGAGAAGCCUAACAAAAGGAGAAAUCUCUUCGAGGAAGCAAAAGAGCUGGACAUAUUGGUGAAAGAUAAGCAUGGAGAACUAUACAUGGUUCCAAAUACAGCAUUUGAUGUGGGAAUGUUAGAUUUGACACACCCACUGACAGCAAGUUGGUUUAAGCAGAUUUUACAGGAAAUGGUGGUUGAUGGCGUGAGAGGUUGGAUGGCUGAUUUUGGUGAAGGUCUGCCUGUGGAUGCUGUGCUCUAUUCAGGUGAAGAUCCUAUUUCUGCCCAUAACAAAUACCCAGAACUAUGGGCUCAAAUAAAUCGCGAAUUUGUGGAAGAAUGGAAAAAUAAUCAUGCGGGAAAGGAGAGAGAAGAUCUAGGAGACUUGGUCUUCUUCAUGAGGGCUGGUUUCAGGGAUAGUCCUAGAUGGGGGAUGCUGUUUUGGGAAGGGGACCAAAUGGUAAGCUGGCAAGUUAAUGAUGGGAUAAAAAGUUCUGUCGUUGCCUUAUUGAGCAGUGGACUUUCGGGUUUUGCUUUUAACCAUAGUGAUAUUGGAGGCUACUGUACCAUAAACUUACCUGUUAUUAAGUACUGUCGAAGUGAAGAGUUGCUUUUGAGAUGGAUGGAGCUCAACGCGUUCACCAUAGUUUUCCGGACUCAUGAGGGAAACAAGCCUCGGUGCAACAGCCAGUUUUACUCUAAUGAAAAAACUCUAUCCCAUUUUGCACGCUUUGCUAAAGUUUACAAAGCAUGGAAGUUCUACAGAGUCCAACUCGUAAAGGAAGCAGCUCAAAAGGGAUUACCUGUCUGUCGUCACCUGUUUCUUCACUACCCGGACGAUGAGCGGGUUCAAAGCUUGAGUUACCAGCAGUUCUUGGUAGGCAGUGAGAUCCUAGUAGUUCCUGUCCUUUACAAAGGGAAGAAAAAUGUAAAAGCUUAUUUCCCAGUUGGAGAAACUUGUGCUUGGAAACACAUUUGGACUGGAAAGUUAUACCAAAAACAUGGUUCUGAAGCUCGGAUUGAAGCUCCAUUUGGUUAUCCAGCUGUGUUUGUUAAGGUUGGUUCCACAGUUGGAGAAACCUUUUUGACAAACUUGAGAAAUCUUGAAAUUUUAUAAGCAAACUAUAUUGUUGAAG